CAUCCACACUGCUGCUCUCCGCUCUCUAUCUCUCUGCCAGCUUUCGUUGGUUGACGCCACAAUUGGUCAGCAUCGCUCCCAUGAUUUCCUCGAGAUGUGCCUGCGCAAGUGCUGCUGCACGCGUUGCUUUGUAUUCCGCUAGAGGGAGCUCAGCAGCAGGAGCGGCAGCAGCAGCAGUAGUAGCGAGAGGUGGCAGUAAGACGUUGACUCAUCGCUCGCUCCGCGCCAGGUCUUCGGCGCACUACCCCAGAACGAGGAAUCAGGCACAGGCAUGUGGUCGAGGGCAGCAGCAGCAGCAAGCCUCCACUCUGUCCGGAGACAAGCUGGUGGAACCUCCGACAGCGGUUGUUGACGGCAAGGUUGGUGGUGAUUCCUUGAAGAACAGGGCAGUUGCGGCGUGGCUAUUCGGCACAGCCGGGGCGGUUGCGGUCAUGGUGACCGUCGGCGGCAUCACGCGUAUGACCAAGUCGGGGCUAAGCAUGACGGACUGGAAGAUUCAGGGCUCGCUUCCGCCAUCCUCCGAGGCGGAGUGGGAGGCGGAGUUCGACCGGUACAAGGCGUUCCCGGAGUGGCAGCAGCGCCGUAGCAUGACGCUAGACGAGUUCAAGCACAUCUUCUUCUGGGAGUACGCCCACAGGAUGCUGGGGCGUGCGCUGGGCGUGGUCUACGGGGUGCCGCUGCUGUACUUCGGCCUCCGCGGACGAAUCCCCGCGCACAUCCGCGGGCGGGUGGCCGGGCUGUUUGCCCUCGGCGGCGCACAGGGCCUGGUCGGGUGGUGGAUGGUCAAAAGCGGACUCGAGGACCGUUCCGCGGACCUUGCCGUGGGGAAGGAGAUCCGAGUGAGCCCGUACCGGCUGGCGGCACACCUGGCCACCGCCUUCACCACGUUUUCGCUGCUCGUGCACACCGGUUUCCAGGCCCUCGAUGGCCCCCGCGCGGCCUCUCCUUCCGCAACGGACGCAGCCCGCCGCCUCCUCGACGCGGGGGUGAUGCGGCAGGGGUCCAACCUCCGGGUGAUGGCCAUGGGCGUGUGCGGGGCCGCCUUCGUGACGGCGGUGUCCGGGGCGUUCGUGGCCGGCAACGAUGCGGGCCGGUGCUACAACUGCUUCCCAAAGAUGACGGAGGAGGACUGGCUGCCGGAAGAGAUUCUCGCGUUCAGGCCGAUGUGGAGAAAUUUCUUCGAGAAUUCUGCGACGGUUCAAGCGGACCACCGCGCGCUCGCUCUCACCACGACGGGAGCGGCCCUCGGCAUGUUCUGGUACGCUAGGAGAGGGGCCGGCGGCGGCACAGGGACUCUUUGGGCGGCGCUGCCGGCGGCGCCAAGGGCGGCGACGACGGCAACGGCGGGUCUCGUUACGGCACAGGCCUCCCUCGGCAUCACGACGCUCCUGCAGUGCGCGCCCCUCCCCCUCGCCGCCUCGCACCAGGCGGGCGCCCUGACGGUUCUGGCCUCCUCCAUGUGGGCGGCGCACUCCCUGAGGUUUGCCCACGUGCCGCCCUCGGCGGUGGCGACGUCGUCGUCGAUCUCCCCCAAGAUGCCGCCGCCGGUAGGGUCUUAAUAGCCUCCUCGCUUGAGGCGGCGUUCCUUCGGUGGCGUGUUUCAUUUCACAGCGGGCGACGGGCCUCGUGCGUGCCAAGCUCAGGGGCCAAGCCACGGCAUUCUCCGACGCCGGGGCUCCGUGAAUGUAAACGCCGGAUGGCUCCCAAAAAUAUCCCCACGGAGUUUUUCGUCGUAUCGUGGAGUAUGCUCUAGAGUAUCGAUUCUGCUCUGUCUGUGUUCCAAACGUUGGGAACAAGGUGCUUAGAGAGCCGAUGGUAUCGGCAGCUAGUUUUGGCAUCACCACCCGGAUAGGGUGGGGUCGCCGUAGACUGGUCUCGGGGGCGGGUGGGUUGGGUUGGGCUUUUGCCGAUGGGGUACCCCCUUGGUGUGGGCGUGUACGGAGAGGAGGUUGGCUUGACUUUGUGGUGGGUGGAGUUUUCAGCCGGUGAAAGUGUUUCGGACGCUACAGUAGUCCCAACAGGUUAAGCACAAUGCCCGGUUUGGUAAAACAACAGUCAGUUGCACCCGCUGGUAACAGCAGCGAUUGGUAUCUACACGUUGAGCGGGUGAAGAGGUGUGCAGUUUUUGGUUUCUGCGGAUUUGCGGAAAGGUGUGAUAGUUUUGUGCGACGACCCAAGACUGAUGUCUGCGUGUCUUGCUGUCGUGUGUGUGUUCAUUACGUCUACGGGAUGAGUCUUUUUUUUUGUCUUCCCUUGCUCUGUGGGAUUGGCGUGCAGGCUUAGGUUGCAUGGUCACCUGGCAACUUGUAGGGUGAUGUGCCAAUAGCGAGUAUACAUAUAUAUCGAAAUUUCCAGCCUCUCCUG